AUUGAAGACAAAACUGUCAUAGAAAUUUCCUAGUGCAUGCACAAUUCAUAAAAUGGCUGAUGAUGCUGAUGCUAAGGCUGGAUGUGAGCGUAUCUUUAAACGUUUUGAUUACAAUGGUGACGGGAAAAUCUCCCUGAACGAGCUUGCCGAUGCACUCAAAGCACUCGGCUCUUCGUCGGAAGAAGAAGUGCAUCAACGAAUGAAGGAGAUCGAUAUGGAUCAUGACGGAUUCAUUUCACUGGAGGAGCUCUUCGCCUUCCAACGUGCCAACCCUGACUUGAUGAAGGAAGUCAUCAAGAAACUUUCACAAUAAAACUAUUUUGUACCAUACUUAUUGAUCAUGUAUGUCAUCGAAAUUAUACCUUAUCGUUUAUGUAAAUGGGUCACGCUUAUAUGAUAUGAUGAAUAAUUAUAUCUCAAACAAUAUAUAGAUGAACAUGGAUCGUUUGUAAGCUUAUUGACUUCAUAUAUGAAACUAAUUCUAGCUUUUC